GGAAUGAUCUAAAAGAAUCACACAACUUCAUCCUUUCCUCCUUACCAAACUAAAACAACUUUCAUUUCAACUUCCAAGCUUCAUAUCCAUUUCCAAGAUCAGUACUCUUCAUCCAUUCUUAGGUUCCUUACUUUGGUUUUGAUUUUUAAACGCAACCUCUCACAAUUCCUUAGCAAUGGCAAUUGGUUUGAUUAACAACACCAUCUUGAAAGCUGGAUCUUCUCUUACAUCACUAAGCACGAUGCAUGAUCAAUCGGUUAGCUUCCCUACUGAUGAUGUUGUAAUUCCUCUUACAGUCUUUGAUAAAGCUGCGUUUGAUCUCCAUGUAGCUGUUUUAUAUGCAUUUAAACCUCCCAUGCCAUCAAAUGAAGUCUUGAAAGAUGCACUCUCCAAAGUUCUUGUUUAUUACCCACACUUAGCAGGAAGGUUCAUAACUGAUGAUCUAGGCCGAACUUGUAUCAUUUUGAACAAUGCAGGCGUUCGCAUAACCGAAACCUACAUCCCCUCAACAUUAGCUGAGCAGCUUCCAUUCAAUCCAUCGAAAGAUGUUAGCCAUCUUCUUCCACCCGUUGAAGGAGUUGAAGAGUUGUUCCAAAUUCAACUCAACCGUUACGCAUGCGGUGGUCUAGUCAUCGGUGAAACUUCUCAUCACCGUGUUGCGGAUGGUCAAUCCAUGAGUUCUUUCUUUGUAGCAUGGGCUAGAAUGGUCAGAGGUUUCGACAUAGAUACACUUCCUUAUCACGAUAGAUUUGCUGUUUCUCAACCUAGAAGCCCACCUAAUGUUGAAUUCGACCAUCCGUCCAUCGAGUUCAAAAAGACUGUUGUCAAUCCAGACAUCACUCCAGUCUUUUCCUCCAUUGAAACUUUGAUCAUCAACUAUUCAACUGAUUUCAUUAACAAGCUCAAAGCUAAGGUUCUUGGUGAAAAUAGUAACCCACACAGAAGAUACAGUACUUUUGAAUGUUUACUUUCUCAUACGUGGAAGAAAGUGACCCAAGCUAGAGGACUUGACUUAGAAGAGUCAACACAAGUUAGAGUUGCUGUAAAUGGAAGAGCAAGAAUCAAACCAGCAGUACCAAUGGAGUAUUUCGGCAAUUUAGUACUGUGGGCUUAUCCAACUUUGAAAGUGAAGGAAUUGUUGCACGAGAGUCAUUCAUAUGUUGCAAAAGCAAUCCAUGAUGAGGUUAUUCGUGUAGAUAGUAGGUAUUUCAAAUCCUUUAUCGAUUUCGGAGCCUCAACAGAUGUUGGAAAUACUGAAGGUGAGGAACUUGAAGCAACAGCACCAGAAUUUGGAAACACACUGUGCCCGAAUUUGGAAGUGGACAGUUGGUUGAGAUUCCAGUUUCAUGAUCUUGAUUUUGGUGGUGGAAGUCCCUGUGCCUUUUUUCCACCCAACAUUCCGGUUGAAGGUUUAAUAAUUUUCUUGCCUACAUGCAGUGAAGAUGGCGGGGUUGAUGUGGUGAUUUCGCUUUUACCUGAACAUGUGCCUCUCUUUAGACAAAUUUCCCACUCGAUGGAUGACUAGCUACAGUCUCCUAACUUAACCUUAUAAACAAACUGAAGGUUGUUUAUGUAUGUUUAGUAGUGAUUAAAUUGUUCAAGGUAAAUUAUUUUCUUAAUUCUUGUAAAGCUGUGUUAUUAUAUAUGUAAAAUCGCAUAUAUACUUGUAAUAAACUUAUCAAAAUAAGGUAUAGUUUGAUUGUAUUCUUUAAUCUCUCAGUGAAAUGAAAUGAAAUGUAUUUACUUGAAUUUGAA